AUGUUUCAUACAAUAUUAUAUAUCUUAUCGACAUCCUCUGUCCUCACGUGCUACACUUUAUCAAAAUUAGAAUAUAAACACAAUCCAGCAGUGAAAUUACUUCAGGAAUAUAUUCGAAUAGAUACACAAGGAUUGAAAAAUACAGACUUGGUAGUGGAGUUCUGGAAGCGUCAAGCAGCUGAAUUGAACAUACAUUUUUCUGUGUACGAACCGGCUGGGCUGCCAAUAUGCGUGCUCACACUGAAAGGAAGACAACCAAACCUAUCCAGUAUAAUGCUUAACUCGCACUCUGAUGUCGUCCCUGUUAAUGAUGAAGAAUGGACCUAUUCCCCUUUUGAGGGUUAUAUUGAUAAUAAUGGAGAUAUGUAUGGUCGUGGAACACAAGAUACGAAGGGUGUUACUAUUCAAUACAUUGAAGCAAUUCGAAAAAUACUUCAUAGUAAUGUUACUUUGGAGAGGACAGUGCAUUUGACUAUUAUGCCAGAUGAAGAAAUUGGUGGAUUUAAGGGUAUGGUGCCGUUUAUAGAGACGGAAGAAUUUAAAUCAUUAAAUGUUGGAUUUGUAUUGGAUGAGGGCUUAACAUCAUCAAGUAAUGUUAUGUAUGCUACAUAUUGGGAUAAGAGACCGUGGCAAGUAGAAUUUAAUAUUCGAGGCGGAGGUGGUCACGGAGCAACAAUAUCUGAUGGAAGUGCUGCAGAGAGACUUCAAACUCUCAUCAACUUGGCCAUGGAGUAUAGACACCAACAAUUGAAUAUUGCAAGAGCAAACGAUCCUUUAGAUUAUGGAUGUUAUACUACUACAAAUAUAAAUAUCGUUAAGGGUGGAAUCGCUGCUAAUGUUAUUCCUACAGAAAUAUCAGUAGUGCUAGACAUGAGGCUAUCUACUUCUACAAACGUGGAUGAUUUUCAAUCAAUGUUGGAUAGUUGGUUGGCGAGUUUGGGCCCCAACUCUACGAUACAAUACAUAAGGAGAAUGGAACACUCUGCAGCUACCGCAGUAGAUGAUUCAAAUCCAUACUGGAUAGCGAUGUCUGAUACUUUGAAAGAUUUAAAUAUCACUUUGACGCCAGUUGUAUGCCCAGCUACUUCGGAUAUGGUAUCUGUGAGAAGGAAAGGCAUCCCAGCUAUCGGAUUUUCUACUAGAACGAAUAUGAUCUCUAAAUUGCACGACGUUGAUGAAUACAUCUCAUUAGAUGUGUUUCUUAAAGGUAUCGACGUUUACGUCGCGCUCAUCAAGCGACUAGCGAACCUUUCAGAA